AUGAUAAAGAACCGGUUGUGGUACCUGUUUAAUUUUAACAUGCCAUAUGUUCGUUUGUUUACAAAUUUACCAGAAACAUCAUUUACUGAUGCUUUUUGUACAGAAUUUACCGAUUUAUUAGCUGAAAAAUUAGGUAAAGAUAAAUCAAGAAUUGUUAUGCUCGUUCAACCUCAUACAAUUAUGUCAUCUGGAGGUGUUCCUGGACAACCAAGUAUUUGGAUUGAGAUAAAUAACGUUGGACAACUUUCUCCAAGACAAACUCAAGAAUUGUCACGAGACUUAACACAUUUUGUUAUGGAAAAAACUACAAUACCAAGAGAAAGUAUUUCAAUACUUUAUUUUGACAUGUCACCUGAUAUGGUCGCAAGAGGUGGAAUAACAAUUGCUGAAUCAAUUGCUGGUUUAAAAUAA